AUGAAAUAUUUUUGGAUUCUUUUCCUGGUAAUCUCAACAUUUGCCUACAAUGUUCCACCAAAUGGCAUUCAAAGUUCACAGGUUGGAUAAAUUUCUAAAAUUUUCUCAUUCCAAUUUUUUUUGAUUUCAGGUUGACACUGUAAUUCGACAAUGCUUUCAAACAUUGUGCAAGGAAUGGAUGUCUGAAUGUCAUUGGUAUUGCGAUUCGAUCAAAGGAGCGGUUAGUUAUCCAACAUUUUCAUUUGAAACAUUGAAAAUUUCAAAAUGAGUUUCAGAGUUUCCUCCGUCGAUGCAAGGAUUGCUUAAGCUUCAGAGGUUCUCAAUGUAUGGAUUGUUUCGAAUUGUAA